AUGGUUACGGCUUCGCCCAGUUCGAUAGGUCACCAGGAGGCCUACAAGGCCUCCGUCACGGUCUUCUUGAAGUCCCCUUGCCGGCAGACAACGGCCUCAAGCCACGCGGCCUCGCCCGGGGCGCCUUCGGGCCCCAAAAGCGCCGGAAAUCCAGCAGGCAAGAAGAAGGAGGCCUUAGGGAAGUCCCGGAGCUUGCUUUCCAGCCAGUCCGAGACGCACAUCAAGGCCCAUGAGGCCCGCAAGAGCUUCCAGCGGCCCAAGUUUUGGGUCUUGUUUUUGGGCUGGUUCCUGGCCAGCUGCGCAGGGUUCGUGAACACCUGCGCGUUCUUGACCUGGGGCAUGUUCGCCUCUCACAUGACGGGUGCUUCAUCGAGCAUCGGUCUGCACCUGGAAGGCUACCACCACAAGGAGUCGACCCUGCUGGAGAUUCAUCAGGCCUUGGCAGUGGUCUUCUCCUUCGUGCUGGGCUCCUUCACCUGUGGCCUCCUCAUCGAUAAGAACCAGGUGCACUUCGGGGGGAAGUCGUGGUACGGCGUGGCUCUGGUUGGGAACGCAGUGCUGAUCUUCACCGCUGCGCUCAUUCCGAAGCAGCCUCUGCUGUCAGUGUGCUUGAUGGCCGUCGCCUGUGGCCUGCAGAAUGCCAUGUGCACUUCGCACUUUGGCGCCGUGGUCCGCACAACGCACCUCACCGGCACCCUGACGGACAUCGGCUCGACCCUGGGACGCGCCGCGAUGAUCUGCCUCCGGCGAGGAUGCAGGCGAUCGCCCAUGAACGUCCUGGAGAAGGCGGAGAUCGGCGUGGACGCACGGAAGCUCUUGGUGCUCCUCCCGAUGUGGCUGAGCUUCGUGCUGGGCAGCAUCAUGGGGGCCUACGCUGAGGAUGCCUUCGGCAUCCAGGCCCUCUUCUUCCCAGCCUCGAUGACGCUCGCGAUCGGGCUGGUCUACAUGUUCCUCCGGCAGCUGCUUUCGGACAUGUUCACCCGCAUCGAGCAGGAGAGCCUCAAGGAUCAGAUUCAGGCUGUGCACCUUGCGGUCCAGCGUGCGAACACGAGCCUGUCGAACCUGGACCUGUCGGAGGCAGGGGCCGAAUUGGCAGAACUCCAGGAGUUGGACGAGGAGAUGGGGACCAUGCUCGAAGCACUGGAGGCGAGCCGAAUCACGAAUGAGACGUCGCCCAUCCGAAGCAGUUCGCCUCAGAGCUGGAGGACGCCAAUUGGGGUGUUUAGGGUGUAG